AUGGCUGAAGUCUUAUUCCUUGACCUCAACCGUUCUGGCACCUCAUUGGGCAUUGACGUGGAGACGGGCCGCCAGUCGGCUGGUUGGGAUGGUGUGACGCUGCUGAUCAAACGCGUCAAGGAUGAUGGCGCCAUUCAUGCUUGGUGUCAACAGCAGAGGCGCUUGAUCCAGCCGGGCGAUCGGAUCCUGGCGGCCAACGGCUGCCGCGGAGAUGCCACCAGGAUCCUGGCAGAGUGCCAAAAGCCUCAGCUGCGCCUGGAGAUCCAAGCGCAUGGCGCUUGGAGAUCCAGGCGGCCGUCUCUCGAACAUGUGGAGGAGAUUUGCCACGCCCUCCGGAGCAGCAGCAGCGCAGCGGAAGCAGUGGAGUUGCUCCGGCGACAUCGAGGUCACUGGCACCCUGCAUGGGGUGCCCUGUGUUUGCUGCGCAUCGCUGUGCGCUCCACGGCAAAGACCAGACAGGCCUGGGCCAAGGACGCCGCAGUGCUUGAGCUGGCAGAGUGGCAGGUGGCCGAGGUGAAGCUCGCCCAGGAGGGGACGGGACGGGCCGUCGGGGCUUUGUGGAUUGUUGGGCAAGAAGCCUGGCAGUCCCUCAAACUCUUUUGGGCACCACCGAAGUUCCACACAUCGCAUCAGAUUUUUGAGAGAGCCUUUUUGGAACGAGCAACGCUGCAUCACAUGGGGAGUGAACACUCCCCGGCCUUGGCGGCCUUGGUUGAAACGGAUUUCAUGGUAGACCUCCAGGGGCCCGGCAUCCACUUCCACGAGGAGAUCAUCCAGCCUGUUCGGAGGCCUCCGACUCCUCGGGCUGCCAAUGUCGGUGGAGCUCGUCGCGCAGGUGGCGAAAAGGCUCGUGACGCAGGCGAGGAUGGCGGGUAG